AUGAGCAAUAAUGAUCAGAAUGAGAUGAAUAAAGCAGGGUUGCAUUAUAAUGUCGAAACCGGACAAAAUGGAUAUACACCAGAUGGCUUGUUAAACAAUUUCAAUAAUUAUUUAAAUAGAGAAAAUGAAUCUGAGUAUCCUAAAUUAUAUUUAAAAGAUACUGAGAAUCAAAACAACGUGAACAAUCCCAAAAUAAAAAAUAAAGCAUUUAUUGAUUAUGGGUUAUAUACACAUAUAAUUGAAAAUAUUGUUGAUAUAGAUGAUAAUAAUUUACCAUAUAUCAAUAAUGAAUAUAAAAGUUAUAUUAAUAGUAAAAACAUAAUUUUAAUAAUAGACAUAUAUGUAUAUAAUUUGUUUUUCCAUUUCAAAUAUAUUAGUAAAAAUAUAAAUAAUUAUUAUUUGCGCUUUAAUAAAAUUGCAUAUCCAUUUCAUUUCAGUUUUCAUAAUAAUAAUACAUGUGAAAAUUGUACUUUAAAAGGGAAUACUAAUUAUGGAUGUAAGCAAAAAAUAAGCAAAAUAAACGAAAUAAACAAAAUAAACAAAGUAGAUAAUGAUGAUAAUGGUGAUGAUGGUGGUAAUGAUGUUAUAGGGCAGACCCGAAAUUGUGAUACCCCCCAAAAAUGCUGUUACAAUAAAAAAGGCACAAAUAAAAAUGAAUUUUUGCCUAAAAUUUUGUGCAUGUGGUGUGAAAGAUUAAAAUUGGCAAUAAAUAUAUAUAAUGAUAAUAAAAUAAAAUAUAUGAAAAAAAAAACUGAAAAUUCUGAACAAGACAUUUUUAUCUACAAUCAGAAUAGUAGAUAUAGCAUAAAUGAAUGUAUAAAAAAAUUAGAAAAAAUAACUUUUUAUAGUAAAAAUUAUGAUGCCUUUAAAAAUAUUUAUUUCAUUUCUUCAGAUAAAAAAUAUAUUUAUUCUAUUUACAAUAACGUGUUAAUAAGUAAUACUAACAAAAGUACGAAAUUAAAAGAAAAGAAUAACCCCGAUUUAAUUCAAGAUUCUUUUGAUGAAAUAAAGACAACAUGGGAAAAAAAAAGCGACAAAAAAAACGACAAAAAAAACGACAAAAAAAACGACAAAAAAAACGACAAAAAAACAAAUUUACUAUCAAAAGAAAAUGACAUAUAUGACUCAGAAUUAUAUAACAGUAAUGUAACUGAUUUAUAUCUAAUUAAUUUAGUAAAAUGUAAAAUUGAAGAAUAUUUUAAAAAUGUUCAAAUAACCAAAUUUUGGGAUAUAAUAAAUGUGAGAAAUUUAAUUGAAUUUGAUUAUAAGCAAAUAAAUAAAAAAAUGGAUAACAAUGUAAAUAGUAGAAAUUAUAAUGAAUCUAUUUAUGAAUACAUUCAAAUUAUAAAAAAAACGAAAUGCAAAAAAGAUGUAAAAACAAAUGAGAUGACAAAAAAUUGUUACAAAAUCAAAAGGAACACAUCACAUAGUAAUAAUAAUAAUGUUAAUACUACAUCGGAUCAAGUUUUUGAGAAAAAAAAAUUAGAAAAAGAAUACAUCAUUAAAGACAUGUUUAAUAAUACUAUGAAAGAUUAUAAUGUUAAUGAAAUUGAAAUAUAUUUAAGUAAUUAUGAUAAUAUAUUUUUUAAAACAAUCACAUCUUUUUAUCUUUUGUUAAAUUUCUCUGUUGAAAUUAUGUCUAUAUUAUAUGAAAAUUUAGAUUUAUAUUCUUACCAUAUUUUUUCUUUAUAUGAAAAAAUUAAUAAAUAUUUAUAUAAUGAUCAGAAUAAUAUUGAAACCAAUAAAUUUGAGCUUUAUCAAAAAAAAAACAAACAUGUAGAUUCAGAUCAAAAUCAUAACAAAAAAAUAAAUUGGUACAAAAGAUAUGGAAUUAAUAAUAAUAGAAAAAAUGAUAAAAUAUACACAAAUUGUAAUUCACCAAAUGUUCAUAAAAAUAACAAAAAAUAUAAUUUUAUAAUCAAAGUCAAUAAUUAUUUUAACAAUCUUUCACAUAAAGAUAUAAAAUUAGAUUCGGCUGUUUUUGUUUUAUUAAAACUGUUUAUAGAAAAUAAAUGUGAUGAAGAAAAAAGACAAUGUAGAUCUAUGGAUGAUAAUACGAAAUAUGAAUCUAUUUACAAAAGUUUAAAAAUCGAAAAAUAUAAAGAGAUAUUAAAAGAAAUAAAAAUAUUGAUUAACUAUUUAAUAAAUAAAAAUAUAUUAAAGGAAAAGCAUAAUUUAAAUUAUAUAAUAAAUGUGUAUAAUAAAUAUGAUAAAAAAAUAAAAGAGUUAAAAAAUAGUAAAUAUGUUAAUAAUAAAUAUGUGGAAAUUUUAAAAAAAAAUUUCCUUUUAUAUUCAUUAAAUUUUUAUGAAUUUGAACUUUUUUCAAAUAAAUAUAUAGACAAUUAUUUAAAUACAUUAGAUAAAUCAAUAAGUAGUAAAAAAAUAAAAUUAAAAAUACCAUCAAGAGUAUACAUAACAAAAACAUUAAAUAAAUAUGUUGUAUUUCGUAAAAAAAUUGUGUAUCUAAAUAAAAAAUUAUAUGAAAACUCUUUUUUUAACCAACAUGUCAUAGAUGAUAAUUAUAUAAUAAAUUCAAAUGGUGAUAAAAGCAAGCAAGUGGUCAUAAAGAUAACCAUGAAAAGGAUAAAAAGAAAAGAGAGAAGAUUCUAUUUACGAAAGUUAACAAAUAAAGUAUAUACAAAAUUUAAAGUAGCGCAUAACAUAUACACUAGUUUUAAAGAUGAAGAUGAGACGAAAAAACAUAGUUAUCAUAAUGAGGAAGAUACAAAUUUAUUUACUGAAUACCAAAAAAAUGGAUUGCUAAAAAAACUAAAUUUGAUAAAACUUAAACUAAAAAUUGGUAACAUUAUAAAAAGAAAAAAUAAAGUUUAUAAAAAAGUUAUUAAAAAAAUUAAAGAACGAAAAAAAACAAUUAAAAAAAGAAGAUUGAAAAAUUCUGAAAUAUAUUAUAAUAAAUUUGUAGACUUAUUUAAAAAUUUAAAAAAUCAAGAUAUAACAAUUAGAAAUAAUUUAUAUAAUAUGAUAUCUAAUAUAAAUGAAUAUAUAAAUAUAUUUUAUUCAAAUAUAUCUCAUUAUUCUCAUUCUGAUAUUUUUGAGAAUAAAGAUGUUGAACAUUUUAUGAAUCAAAAGCUUGACAAAUUAAAAGAUGAUAUACAUUUAUAUUUUCCACAUGACAACAAUUUUGAUUCCCAACAUCUAGCAAAUUUAAAUAAUGAAGAAAAUGAAAAUUAUAGAAAUAGAAAUAGAAACUCUAAUUGUAUAAAUUGUAGUGAUAUAUUUACAGAUGUAUGUGAAAAGAAUGUAACAAACAAUUCAGAAAAUAAAUUGUCUAAUACUAAUAAUUGUUCUUCUUUAUUAUUUUUAAAUACAAAUAAAAAUGUAAAAAAAAAUAGUUUUAAAAAAAUUGAAAAAAUCGAAGUUCCUUUUUCACAUCUAUUCAAUAAUACAAAAUCACAAGCCUGUAUAAAAUGUCAUUCUAAAUUAGACACAAAUAUAUUAAGGAAAAAAAAAAAAAUAAUUUACAACCUUUUUAAUCUACAAAAUUAUUAUAAAAAAAAAAAGAGAAAAAUAAAUUAUUUAGCAUAUGAUAUAAAUAUUUUAAAGGAAUAUUUAUAUAUUUAUUUAAAAAAAUAUUUUGAUGAUAUUAUUGUUUUAUUUGAAUAUUUUUAUUUUUAUUUUUCAAAUAACACUAUUAAUGUUGAAUAUAAUGAUGGGAAUGCAAAUAAAAACUCAAAAGAUACAAAUUUUUUUGGUAAAAUUACUAAUAGCAAAUGUGAUGAAAAAAAUAGACAUGAUGUUAGAAUUUAUAAUGAAGAAAAUAUAUAUAAUAAAAAGUCAAUUGAAAAAGAAAUAAAUAAUCAAGAUAAUGAACAAAAUGAAGAUUUAAUUUAUAGAUAUUUUUUUUUAUGUAGUUAUGAUAAUUUUAGUAAUGGUAAUGAUGGUUUAGAUAAUAUAAUUAUAAAAGAUAAAAAUAAAUAUUCAAAAUAUUAUAUUAAUUAUAUUCUUACAAAAAAAUUGAAGCUAUUUAUAAAAAAUGAUCUAAUACAAUUUAUUAAUAGAAAUAUAAAUUUGAUAAAUAAUAAUAUACAUUUAAAAAUUAUAAGUGUUAAACGAUUAUUUAGCAAAGUUUUAAAUAAUUUCAAAUUGUCUAACUCUAGUAAUAACUUAUUUAUAUAUCAAAUAUUAUAUAGCAUGAUAAUAAAAUAUGGAAAAUAUAAUAAAAAUAAAAUAAUAAAAAAAAAUAUAAUGAAUAAAUUAUCUACAUGGGAAUGGAAUCAGGAUGUUAAUUGUGAUAUCGAAAAAAAUAUAUCUUUUUUAAAAAAAAAAAAAAAAUAUUUACAAAAGUUUGGGUUAAAUUUAGCUAGCUUAUCAAAUGAUGUAAUCAUGUUUUUAAAAUAUAUCACAACAUUCGAUUCGCCAAAAUCGGACUAUUCAAAUGUGGACAAAAAUGGCGAAAAAAAUGGCGAAAAAAAAAAAGGGUAUGUUAAUUGCCAAAUAGAAAAUACAGCCAACUCUUUUUAUAUAGAUAACGAUGAAGAAUUGAAAAAAAAUAAUAUUAGCAACUUAUCUUUAAAUUCGAUUUUUUAUAAUUUAUCUAGUUGUAGAGAUAUGAUAUAUUUAAAAAAUGUUUUUCACAAAAUGAUUAAAAAAAAAAUAAAUAAUACAAUAACAGAAACACCAACAGAAUCUAUUGCAAAAUGGAAUAAAAAUAAAUGCAAACAUGUUAAUAAGACAAAAGAUGAUGAAGAAGAUUUCGAACAAUUUUCACAUAUUUAUGAAAUAAUUAAACAAAAAUCUUUAAAAAAAUAUGAUAAUUUAAAAUUGUUUAUAACAAUAGAUAAGAAAAAAAAAACUAGGAAAAGAAAAUUAGAUUAUGAUGAAAGUUUAAUGGCAAGCAAUUUUUAUAAUGAUAACACAAAUGUGAUGAUAAAAAAAAUUAAAAAAUAUAUUAUCAGAUUUAUAGAUGAUAAUAAAUAUGUUUUUCCUUAUAUAUUUAACACGUUCGAUAAUAGUACAAAUUAUGAAUUAAAUAGUUAUGACAUUAUUAAUUUAAAUAAUAAUUUUAUUUUUUUCCAUUACAUUAAUAAUACAUCUAAGUGGUCAUAUAAAAAUUCAAUUUUAAAUUAUAUAUAUGGAUACCCUAUCUUAAAUGUGUAUACAAAAAGUGAAGAUGUUCAAAACUGUUAUAUUAAAGAUAUUUCGAACAAUAAUAAUAAUAUCCAUUUUGGUCAACAAAAAAAUGGAGCUGAUAAAUAUGAAGCAUAUCAAGAAUGUUGCAAUAAAAAAAAUGGAGAUGAUAAAUAUGAAGCAUAUCAAGAAUGUUGCAAUAAAAAAAAUGGAGCUGAUAAAUAUGAAGCAUAUCAAGAAUGUUGCAAUAAAAAAAAUGAUGAUGCACAUAUAGAACGGUUACAAAAAAUUUGGAAAAAAAAUAAAAGAAGAAAACUAAUAAAUAUAUUUAAUAAUGUAAAAAUAUUUAACAAGAUUCCUUUAAAAUAUAUUCAUUUAUGUGUUAUUUCUGAUAUAUUUAGAUAUUUAAAUUUACAUCAUAUUAUUCAAGAUAUUAUUAAAAAUUUAUAUAUUGAAAAAUUAAAAGAAAUUCAAGAAUAUUUUCUUUUUUCAAAAAAAAAUAACAAUAAUUUAUCAAAUAUUUUAGUUUGUUUCCUCUUUUAUUUUUAUUCCUAUUUAGAUGUUAUACUUGGAAUUAGAGAUGGAAAUUUUAUUAAUUUAACGAAUUUGAAUUAUUUCAACAUUUUUAAUAAUUUUAAUGAUAUAUUAUUAAAAAAGUAUAGUCAAAAAAAAGACGGAAAUAAUGUUUAUGUGAAAGAGGAGAAUCGUGAUAAAAACAAAAAUAAAGAAAAUUAUUGUGAAGACAGUUUUAAUGAAGAUGUAAAAGAAAACUACAUAUAUUUAAAUAACGAAUUAAGCCAUAGAAAUAACUAUUUAUGGAUAUUAAAAAGAAAAGAAAAAAAUGUUUUGUCUAUCCCAUGUGUAGAUGCAAUAUAUUUAAAACUUCGAAAUUGUAAAAAAGUGAAAAAUAAUUUUCAAACAUUUUCUACUAAUUUUGUACAAUUUUUAAAUUUAUAUUUAGAUUAUAGCUACUCAUUUUUAAAUAGUUCAAAAUAUGCAGACGAAAAUAAAUCGCAACUUUAUUUGUUUGCCCAAAAUGAAGACACCGAAAUUUUAGAGAAAGCUGGUGCUAACAAUGCAGCAUCUAAUUGUGACGAUGGCACUUCUUUUGACAAUCUUUUGAGAAAUAAAACUUAUAAGGAUUGCAAAAUAUAUGAUGAAGAAAAUGAGAGUCCUAAAACAAACAUGUCAAUAAACAAUUUCUUUAAAAAUGUAAAAUAUAAAAAUGUUUUAUGUAACUAUUCUAAUAUUAGAAUUAAUGUUGUAGAAAGCGAUUUUGAAAAUUAUAACAGUUUUUUAUUUUUAUCAAAAAUAAAUUUGACUAAUUCUAUGAGAUAUUGUGAAAAAGAUAUUUGUUGCUUAAAAGAUUAUGAACUUAUUAAAAAGGAUGUAGAAAAAAAUAAAAAUUUUAUUUAUUCUGAAUCUACUAACAUAUUAGAUAAUAUAUGUAGUAAUAAUUUGGUUGUAAGAAUUAAAUUGAUACUCGAUAUUUUACGAAUCCAAUUAAAUAAAAUAUUAGAAAAAAAAAAAGAAUGUAUUAUUAACACAUUAACAAGUUGUAAGGUUAAUAAAAAUGGAUUAGAAAAUAUAAAAUUUGCAUAUUAUUUAAUUAAUUUACUUGAUUUUGAACAAAAAAAAACAAAUAUAUCAGAUAUAUAUAUAUAUAAAAAUAUAUACUAUUCAUUAAUAGAAAAAUUAUUUACUAAAAAUAAUAAAAUCAGUUGUGAACAAGUUAUUUAUAUAAUAUUUAAUUUGGUAAAAAUUACAAGAAUAAUAAAAAUAAAAAAUAAACAAAUUCAAAAAUUGUUUAAAUUAUUACAAAAAUAUUUACAAAAUUUUCCAGAUUUUUUUUCUCAAAUUUUUAAUAAAAUAUUUCUUUUUAUAUAUCAAGAUACCAAAUUUGAAAAUAAACAAUUUUUAAAAAAAUAUUUAAAUGUAUAUUUUAACGAUAAAAGAAUUAUACUUGAUAUAUUAAAUCAUAUUGCAAAUUCUGCACGAAAUAAAAAAGCUAGAUUUUUAGAUAAGGGUAAAGACAAAAAAUGUAGUAAGAACCAUAUUCACGAAACGUUUGCUAAUAGUUCUACAUUUUAUGAUAAAAAAAACGAGACAGUACAUGAUGGGAAAAGACAAAAAGAAAGCAAAAACGUAAACAAUUGUAAUGGAGAUUGUAGUGGAGGUGGCAAUGGGAGAGGUGUGCAUUGUGAAGAUGGUUAUAACCACACUUUUGAUAAACAUGAUGAAAAAAAUUCCAAAAUGAAUAGUAAAAAUGAUAUGCUAAACAAGUGGGUAAAUGAUUUUCCUUUAAGUUAUGUACAACAUAAUAAUAAUCGAAAAAAAAAAAAAAAUUUAAAAAAAAAGAAUUUUUCACAUUUCAACUAUGAAAUAAUUAAAAAGGUAUUUUUAAAAUGUAAAAAUAUUUAUUCUAGUGAUAGUAAUAGUUCUAAUAAUGGAAAUAUAUUUAAAAUAAAAAAUAUAAAAAAUCAAAAUUAUAAACAAUAUGAAGAAGAAAAAAAAAAAUAUAUUUAUCAAAAAAUCAAAAAAAAUAAAAUAUCAUUAACAAUAUCAAAAGACAAAUAUGAAGAUGAUAAUAAUUUUACUCUUUCAAAUGGUAUGCAACUAAAAUGUAAACAAAAUAUUAAUAAUAAAAAACAUGAUGAAAAUGAAAAAAAUAUGUUAAAAAAUAAAAAUUUUGAAGAUUCUAGUUCUGAUUCUUAUAUAAAUAAUAUAUAUAUUCAAUAUAAUCAAAAUGAAAAAAUAGACAGAUAUAUAAAUAUAUCCAAUAUUAAUAAUUAUGAAUUUCUAUGUUAUAAUAAAUGUCAUGAUAGAUAUGAAAAUACUGAUUCAUCUUCAAAUAAAUACACAUCUUCAUCUUGUUAUUCUACAAACAGUUCCAAUAAUAAAGAUCAAAUUAUUUUUGAUAUGAAUUAUAUAAAUGUUGAUAAUUCUGGUAAAUUACUAUCUCGUUUAAGUACUAUAGAUUUAAAAGGGAUAAAACAAAAUGAAGAAAUAAAAUAUUAUAAAACAAAUAAAUGUAAUAAUAAAAAGAACGAUAAUAACAAUAGUAGUAGUAGUAGUAGUGGUAGUGGUAGUGGUAGUAAUGGAACCAUUUUUAAUGAUAAUAAAAAAAAUGAUUAUUUUUAUAAUUUUUUAAAUUCGAAUAAAAAAGACAACUCUUUUUGUUUUAUAAAAUAUAAAUCAUAUCAUGAGUUUAAUAAUAAAAAAAGACGAAAAAUAAACAAAUAUAAAAAAAAUGAAAAAAAAAAAAACACACCAGUAAUGUAUAUGCCAUUAUAUAUUAGCAUAGUAGGAGGGUUAGAUUUUUUUUUAUAUAAAUAUUAUAACGAUAUUUGUGAAACAUAUAUUAAUCCUUAUUUUUAUAUUAACACAUAUUAUUUUGAAAAAUAUAUUCGAAAAAAAUAUAAAAAUUUAAAAAAUGAAGACAAUUAUUUAAUUUACGAUUUUUAUUAUUAUAAUUAUAUUUUUUUAAAUAAAUUUACCACUUUUGAUACUUUCAAUUCUAUAAAAGAUAAAAAAGUGGAAACAAAUAAAUAUAUCAAAUUUUUUAAUUUCAAAAUUGAUGCCAAACAACCUCAAAAUGUUAUAUGUAUGGAAGAUGGCCAAUAUCCAUGCAUAAACAAUAGUAGCAAUAAUGAUAAUGGCAAUGAUAAUGGCAAUAAUAAUGGCAAUGAUAAACAAUGUAACCAUUCCAUUCCUAUAUAUUAUAAUGUGGAAAAUGAAAGGAAAAACGAAAUAAAUAAUUUUAUUAUUCCAGAAAAUGGAAAUAUGAGUACUAUGAUGUUAGUAGACAUGAAAAAGUCUGUAGAUGAAAAAAAUACAAAUAUUGUAAAUGUGCCUAGAAAUAUAAAAAAUAAUAAUGACAAAUAUAUGAAACAAUAUAAUGGAAAUAAAAAUGAUAGUAUAGAAAUUUAUCCAAAUUUAAAGCAAAUAAAUAAUAUAUUCAAAUUAGUAGAUUAUAAUUUUUUUUAUACAGAAAAUAGUCUGAGUAGUGAUGAUGAAGAAGAUAGAAUUCGAAAAAAAAAUAUUAACGAUAUUCAGAUAUUUAAAAGAAAUUUAUUUAUUAUAGAAUAUUUUGAAAAUUAUUUUAAUUUUUCAUUACUAACACAAAUGAGAAAUAUAUUAUUAGAUAUGUUUGAAAAUUAUAAUUUAAAUUUGGGAUAUAUAAAUAAAUAUAUUCUAAUAAAUGAAAAAAAUGACAAAAUCAAAGAUCCAUAUUCUGAUAUAAAUAUCAUGUCCCCAAACUUUUCUAACACCAAAUCGAAACAUUACAAAAAUGGAUCUCCAAAAUGGAAUUUCGUAAAGCUAAAUAAUUCGCCAUUGGAUAGAAAUAGAGAAGUGAGCAAAAGUAAAGAAGUGAACAAAAAUAAAGAAGUGAGCAAAAAUAAAGAAGUGAACAAAAAUAAAGAAGUGAAUAAAAAUAAAGAGGUGAAUAACGGUGGCAGUGGCGAUAGUCUAGAUAUUGUUGAGGAUAUGGAUAGUUCGUUUUAUAAUAAUGUACUAAAAACAUUUUUUUAUGACAUGCCUAUACAAAUUUCUAUGACAAUAUUAAAUCCUGAGUACUGGAAAUUUGAAGGUUUAAAAGAAGACCAAACAAUAAAUCAUAUAAUACCUGAAUGUGUACAUAAAUAUUUAAAUAUAAUUAAUAAUAUAUAUCAAAAAUAUAAUGUAGAUAAAUAUUUAAUCUUUUUAUAUGAUUUAUGUUAUAUAGAUUUAAAUAUUAAUGAUUAUAUGUACACAUUUAAAUUACCUGAUGGUUUAUUUUUUUUAUUUUUAUCAAACUUAGAAAAUAAUGCCAUCGAUAUAUAUAAAAAUAGUUUAUUUUUAAAAAAUACAAAAAAAGAAAAUACCAAUGAAAAAAAAUAUAAUAAUAUAAAAUAUAAUUACGAUUACAUAUUUAUAUCUUCAAAUUAUAAACAUAAAGAAAAUAAGACACUUCAUAUAAUUAUUAAUGAUAAUAUUAUUUUGUACGAUUUUCAUAUUAUUCAAAAUCAUCAAACUUUUAAUGCACCCACAAAAAAAAAACGAGAUAAAUUGCAAACGGGCCAAGAAUGGGAAACGACCGAAGGUGCAGAAACAAUAGAACCGGCUUUCAUAUCUAGUCAGACAAAAACGGCCACAAAGGAGUGCCAAUUAGUAAAGCUAGAAGAUGGGAAAAAUGGAGAGAAAAAUGAAAAAAAUGAAGAAAAAAAUGAAAAAAAUGGAGAGAAAAAUGAAAAAAAUGGAGAGACGCUCUUAAGCGUUACAGAAAGUAAUUUUUUAAAAAAAACAAAAAUAAUUGAAAUAAAAGAUUUGGAGAAGGAUAGAAAAGAGGAAUAUUCUAUGCCAAGUGGGGAACAAAACAAAAAUGACGCAUUUGUAGACAAAGUUAAAAUUGAAAAGGCGAGCAAAUCUUUUAGCUCAAAUGGUGAGGCUGCGAAGUGUGAUAAUAACAGCAUCACUAAUGAAAGAUGUAGCGAAAGGAAUGGCGAAAGGAAUGGCGAAAGGAAUGGCGAAAGGAAUGGCGGAUUGAAUAUCGAACGGAAUAGCGAAAGGCAUGGCGAACGGAAUAAGGCGGGGGGUCUCAAAAAUAAGAACACAAUAAACAAACAAAUAUCAAGGGAAAAUAUUUACUACAAUUUAAAGUUUAUAAAAGAAUUCCAAGAAAAAGAAAUUGAAAAAAUAAAAAAUAUCCAAAAUAUAAAUGAUGUAUAUAUAAAGAUGUUUUUUACUGAAGAACAUAUAAUUCAAAAUACAGAAUUUUCAGAAAAAUAUGUCAAAGAGAUGAUAAAAAAAUUAACUUGCGAUAAAUUUUUACAAAAAAACACAUUUAAAGUUAUAAACAAACAAAAUAAUAAAACUACACAAUUUACAGUUUAUUGUAUAAUCGAUUUUGAUACAAAUCUAGAUGAAAAUAAAAUAAAAAAUAUGUUAAAUCAAGAUCAAAAAUCUAUAAAAUUAGAAACACAAUUACAAACAUGGGGAAAUAAUCCAUUUAAUAAUCAAAUCCAAACAAAAGACAAUGAUGUAUAUCCUCAUGAUAUAACACAAGGUGAAGAAAAUGAUAAUUCAAUAAUUAUAGAAACAAAAAAAAUGAAUAAUAAUACAAUUAGUAGUUUUAAUAAUAACCCUUUUAAAAUAAAAGAAAAUUCUAUAAUUGAAAAAAAUAAAUUUGUAUCCUUACUUGAAAAUAAUACAUAUCUUAAUAAUUAUGAUUCUUUGCAAGAUAAUAAAAAUAUAAAUACGCAUUUAAAUAAUCCUCAUGUUGACAUGAUAGAUAUAAACAAUUUUUAUAACAAAAAAAAAAAUGAAAAUAAUAUUAACAUUUUCGAUAAGUAUUAUGUAAAUAGUAACAUAAAUGAGAGUAACGAAUAUUUUAUAAAUAAAAAAAUAAGAGAGAGUAAAGAAAAAAAACAAAUAAAUAGCUUAAAUAAAAAAAUAAAGAAAGAUAAAAAAAAUAUUAAUAAAUUAAAUAAAUUAAAUAAAAUAAACAAAAUAAACAAAAUAAACAAAAUUUCUAAUGAUCAAAAUAUAUUAGUUAAUAGUUUAGUUCCGUAUAUUAGUAGAAGUAGUAUAGACAAAGAUAAAAUAGAUAUAGAUAAUGAUCUAAUAUUAGGCAACACAAAUGGAAUCAACGAGCCCGUGGAUUACUUCUUAGACGACGUUGCUACAGAUGAUGAUGAAGAAAAAGAAAUAAAAAGAAGAAAGACAUUUGAUAAUUUGAAUUUAGAAGGAUCGUAUGAAUUUUAUGAAAGUGAAAUAUUAAAAAUAACAAAAAAUCGAAUGAAUAAAAUGAUGUCCGAACCAGGAAAAAAUAUAUCAACUCCACUUUUUUUGAUUGUAAAUAAUUUGAAUAAGACAUUACAAGAAAUGAAAUUAAAAACUGUAUCACAACCUGAAGUUUUAGCAAUUUUAAAUAUUAUGCUUAAAAAAAAUAAAAUAACAAGAGUAGGAGGAAAUUGGCAACCAAUAUAA